AUGCGAGACCACGCCGACUACAUCCCCAAGAUUUAUUUCAUCGCCCUCGCUCUUCGCCGGUCAGCUUGCAUCCUGCAUUUCGUCCCUUUUCACGUUGCGAUUCCGUUGUCAAGUUUCCGAAAUACGUCUGAAAGAGCUACGAAUAACCUUAACCAAUUACCUACGUACACCAUAGUGGGCAAACGACGAUAUGAACAUUUCCAAGAGUCAAUGCAAUCGUUGCUGCAGAGCGGAAAACAUUCCGAUUUCGUCAUCACGUGCGGUGACGACACGUACAACGUGCAUAAAUCCAUCGUUUGCUCUCAAAGCGACUUCUUCGACGCUGCAAGCCGCUUUGGAAAGGAGGGCGAGGAAGGAAAGGUCGAUCUGCCUGACGAUGACCCCGAGACCGUCAAGAACAUGAUGCAGUAUCUGUACGGCCUGGAUUAUCAUCUACCGUCCGACAAUGCAUCCGGUCCGAUCCAUGUGAUGUUGCCGAGGGAUCCAUCUGCUUCGAUGAACAAUACCGCAAUCACGUGGGCGCGGCGGGUCGACAUGACAGUGUGGAAAUUAGGUACGGUGCUCGUGGAAGCGAUCCAACGGUACCAUCCACAGAUUUACAAGGAUUCCGAUAGAGCUAUCAUGCUCCAGCUAGAUGACAAAGCUCAAGAACUUGCGGUCAAUGAAGUAUACAAUCACGUGGUCACCGUUUCCAACAACUUUACCAAAGAGUUCCCCGAUCCGCCUUGCUGCAAGUAUCUGCGAACUCACGCCGAGGUGUACGCGCUUGCCGAGAAGUACAACAUCUCAGGCCUGAAGGAAGCAGCCGCCGAGAAGUUCCAGGACACGAUGGAAGACAUAUUUACGGGCCAGAGCUUCUACGACACCGUGCGCUUCGUGUACACAUCUACUCCCGACACGGACGAUUGCCUGCGCGACAUCGUUGCUGGGCGCAUCGCCGUGGAGAAAAACGUUUACGGCAUGUACCCGGAGCUGGGCUAGUGCCUGGAGGAGCUACCAGAUCUAGCUUACCGGUUACUACACUCGGAGUACGGGCCUUCUGAAACUGAGUGAUGUAUACUUUCUUGCUCUCCUUUCUUCACUCUGUACGAUAGCGUUAUUUUAAUGAUGCCACCUUGGCCGUCGUCGCUCACGUAUGUUUUGGGCAUUGAAGCCAUAGAUACCCCUAAUUACCACAAUUACCGAG